UCUGGAUUUGUUUUUGUUCUGUUGAUUUUUGGAAAUUUAUGGAUAUGAUGAUGAUGAUGAUGAUGAUAUAUUUUUUGGUCUAUCUAGCAAGUGAUUCAUUCGUUAGUGUUGUUCCCGAUUUGAUAGAUGCCACAGUUAUGAGAAAAGAGAAUCUGCUGCACCAUGGGGAAAGUGUUUACAAGUGAGAGACAAUCGAAGAACGAGAGACAGAAAAGGCGGUGGAGAAAUGGAAAGAACAAGUAUUUGAAGCCAGGUGCACUUGCGCAGAUUCGAAAUAGCAAAGCAUCAUCGGCUUCUAAAGCACCGCCAUGUACAGAUCUUGGAAAGAAACGAGUUGCAGUUUUACACGCCUCACAUACAGGCGACGGUGACAGUAAUCGGAGCAAAGGAACUACUGAUACAGCAGCAGCUCCUCCUAUCCUGGUUUCUCCUGGAAAGUUUCAGUUUUCUCCUGUAAAUGGACUAGCUGCGGCUGAAUCCAUUCACCAGAGUACACCUAAGACACCUCGUGCUGAAGAUGGCUACUCUGAAUCGAGGCUUGAGUCUCUCCCCAUUGAUAUACUGGUCAAAAUCCUCUGCCAUCUUCACCAUGAUCAACUAAGAGCAGUCUUCCAUGUGUCUCAGAAAGUCAGGCGGGCUGUCAUUAUAGCGAGGCAAUUCCACUUCAAUUACACCACUCCAGAUCGAUCGAGGCAAGAGAUGCUGAAUACAAUGACUCCCAUCCCAACUGACCAUUGGCCCUUCACCAGCAAGGCUAAUGGAAAAGGGAUAUUGAUUCCUACGACUCCGCAUACGCCAAAGGCACCCAAGCAUGGGCCCCGUCUCCCCUCCCGUCUCAAGUUCACUGAGAUGCGUCAAAUUGCAGCAGUGUUGUUCCAGGACACUUCAUUUUCUUUGGUGCCAUCGGUCCUGCAGAAGCCAAUGUGCAAAUCAUUGGGUUCCAACAGAGUCCUCUUCUACGAGGAUGAACUCUGCCAGGCUGUUGCUCAGAACAAAUUGAGGUGAAUCAGAUGAAUCAAAUUUUAAUGUGGAUAUCUCAUCUGCAUGCAUCUUAUCGAUUUGUCUCUAGAAAUAUAAUAGUUGGUAGGACAACCAAGAAUCAAAUUGGUAUGGCCCAGGACACGAUUAUUAUAUACUUUUUGGUAGAUUAUCAUCGUGUAGGAUUUGGAUGCUAAUAAUGUGUAUUAUAUCGAUCACCACACCACCUAGUGGCCCUCUGUACAGUUACCAAUCCGAACAUGAGUUUUCUUGCUUUCCUAUGCCCUUUUUUCUUCUAUGAUUUUACUAAAACUGUAAUGUCAAUGGUGCGUUUGAAUCCUAAAAGGUCA